UUCUAGAAUCUUUAAGAUCUUUAUGAUCUUUUUGAUAAAUUAAAGUAUUUGAUCAAAUUGAAAAAUCGAAAAAUUGAGAAGUCUAUGGGUCAUGAAACGACAAGUAAAAAUCAAGCAAUCCGACUAAUCAAUUAUUAUGUCAUUAUGCUAGUCCUCGUCUUCCUUAUUUUUCUGCGUGUGUGCUUAUGUUCUGUCGUCAGAAAAAUCGAUCCUACCAAAAUCGACUACUGCGAAAAAACGUGUACCGUGGAGGACCCCAACACCAAUAAACCCUCCAAAGUGUACGAAAAUUCAGCAUGCGAUUGUCGAGCCAAUACCACCCAUACCGAGUUACUCUUCCAACUCGUGGAGUUCCGAAAGACCAUGCUGGAGUUGCACAACUCCCUCAGGAACAAGUUAGCACUUGGUAAAGUGAAACAUAAAGACGGAUCGUUUUAUCCAAAUGCCUCCAACAUGAGAGCGUUGAGCUACAGCCUAGAAGUGGAGUACAUUGCUAGGUGCUACGCCGUCAAGAUUUACGACGACCAUGACGAGUGUAGAGAUACCAUCAAGCACAAAGCCGUUGGGCAAAACGUGCACUUUGCGGAUAGCCCAUAUGAACCCUACACGACUACCAUGUGGUGGUGGUGGAAGCAGUUUGACGUUUAUAACCCGAAGCACAUCGACAAAUAUGAGCUCAUCCAGGGUGUAGGGGAGAAAGCGUACGCCGAUUUCACACAACUGGCUUGGGCUGAGGUGUACACGUUGGGUUGUGCUAGAUCCUGGAACCUCGGAAAUUACAAGUUUGGGCGGUUUGCGGUGUUGUGUAACUAUGAGUCCAUGGGUGAGGGUGCGAAUAAGAUGGGAGCUCCCGUUUAUGCGCAAGGACCAUCCUGUUCUGGGUGUCCUGAGGGAACGAACUGCAACCCAAAAUACACCGGUUUGUGCGGCCGAAUUGACCAGGUACCGAUGGACCGUCCACCGUAUAUAUACAAGAGAGGAGAAAUCUCCACUACUACAGAAUCCUAAAAUAGGGGAAAAGGGUCCUUUUUUAAUUACGUUUGUGUUGUAUAUAUUUUUAUAAUUAAUAUAUUGUUUAUUGAAA